CCGCCGCCCGCCUGAGCCUCCCGGGGCCGGCCCGGCCCGGCCCGGGGCCGCCCGCCCUCCUCCGCCGCCGGGACUCGAUCGACAACAGCUGCCCAGGGUUUGUCCGUGUGGCAGCGGGCGCCGGCCGGGACCCCCGAGGGAUCCGCGGCUGCCGGGGCUGGCCUGGCUGCGAGUGCCCGAGGAGAGGCCGGUUUGGGCCGGGAGGGUCCCGGUGUGGCCAUGGGAGCGCUGGUCUGAGCUCUGCGGGGGACCCCCGGGUGCGGAGCCGAAACCCGCAUCCCCCAGCUGAGGACAAGGAGGGAUAAACCAGAGGUGAUCCGGUUCCGUCCCACGGGAGCGCUCCUGGCAGGCUCGGUGCCUCCGAGGGGCGAGGAUGGCUCAGGAGACGAACCAGACGCAGGUGCCUCUGCUGUGCACCACGGGCUGCGGCUUCUACGGCAGCCCCCGGACCAACGGCAUGUGCUCCGUGUGCUACAAGGAGUUCCUGCAGAGGCAGCAGAGCAGUGACCGGAUAAGCCCUCCAGCCCCCAGUGGUCCCAGCAGCAGCCCCAUGGCCCCCGAGGCCAUCGCAGGACAGUGCGCGGAGGGAGACUCCACACCUGAGGAUGCAAAAGCCAGCGCUCAGACUCCUGUGACCCAUCAGAUGACAGCCAUGAGCAUAUCCAGAGAGGAAACCAGCAACGAGACAGAGGAAUUCAGCAAGACAGAUGAAGCCUCAUCGGCUUCUUCCUCAUCAGGUACCCUGCUUGAGAUAUCCCAGAACACGGCUGAGGGCAAGACGGCUUCGGAAAAACCGAAACCGAAGAAGAAUCGCUGCUUCACCUGCCGGAAGAAGAUUGGGCUGACUGGCUUCGACUGCCGCUGCGGGAACCUGUUCUGUGCCAUUCACCGGUACUCUGACAUGCACGCCUGCCCCUACGACUACAAGGCAGAAGCUGCCGAGAAGAUCCGCAAGGAAAACCCCAUCGUUAUCGCCGAGAAGAUCCAGAAGUUGUGAAGGGGUCCGAGCAGCUCGAACUGCAGCCAGGCUGCCUGGUGCUCCUCCCCUUCCUCCCAGCCUUCCUCCUCCUCCUCCCAGCCCCCGCGGCGGUGCGAGGGUGGCUCCGGCAGCGCACACAGACCGGCACCUGGACACGGGGCCUCCUCGCGCGUCCGGCAGUCACUUGGUGUUCCUCCUCUCCCUCCCUGCCUGCCCGACAGCCACAGCUCAGCUGAUGUGUUCUCAACCAGCUUCCCAAAGGAAAAGGGACCGUCCUGCCCCACUGCUCUGGCUCUGAGACCUUCGCACUCGCCUCUUGCUGGGCACGGUGGGAAGAGCCGGGCUCAGCCGGGCUCAGCCUUUCCCUUCCCGGCGGCUCCGAGUCCUGCAAACCACCCAGGGCUUGUGGCCACAGUCCCUGAGCAGCCUGGGCUCUGUCCCUCUGCCUGCAGCCCCGGGAGCUGGGGGAUCCUGGCAGCCAGGCUGCCGUCUGCUCCCCGGGAGGUGUUUGCUCUCCCAUGCAGAGAAGUUGAUUCUGUAGUUCCAGCACCCCACACCCCUCUCCCCACCCUCUGUUGAUGCUGUUGGAGAAGCACCAAGGGGGCUGAGAAGUGAUGCUGGCACAGGGAAGAGAUUUUGUGGCUUGAAGUGAGGUGGGCAGGGCAGGGCAGGACCUUCCAGAAGGUUCUGCUGGCUGCCUUGUGCCUCUCCCCAC